ACUUAGCUAUACCUAUAUGAUGUGUUCACUGUACACAGUGUAUACUUCUGCGCGGUACCAUAGUACAUACGACUACGUAAUUCUGUACAUCGUGUGGAUUUUUCAAUUAAAAAAUGGCUUCGCCUAAAAUAAAUUUAUACGAUCUUUCGAAAAAAGAUCGGGAAACAUUAGAAUGGAAAUUCGCAAGAAGAAAGACAUUGCGUGAACAAUAUUUGAGACAAAUACUCCAUCCAACGAAACAGCAAAUAGUCUCCGACGAUGCAGUGAAAAGAUAUGCUACAAUGAGAUUGACGCAGGAAUUUCAAGUAAUGUUAACUGGGAAAAGUUUUAUAUUGUAUUUUGGGUCAUUGGUUGGACUGAUGAUAGGAGUUUCACAGUAUAUAAUCAAUAUUAAGGAUACUGAAGAACGAGAGAAACGAAUGGGACUAGUGAGUUAUGCUGAUAGGCCAGUAAAAAUACUAUAAACUAGAGCUUAUAUAUUAAAAUUUUAGUCUAUAUUAUAAAAUAAACACAGACUAUAAUAACA